GUCAUUGCCAGCAAUUGUUAAACUGUCAGUCUAUAUCAUAUGUGAGUGUUUGUAAAGAUUUGAUAAGAUUUAUAGUUACAUAUAAUAAAAUCGUGUGUAAAAUUGUACGUGAAAAAGAAUCAAAGAAUUGAAAAUAAAUUUUGUAUUGAAAUCAAUCUUUGCUGACAAGUGCUGCUUCGAAUAUGGUUUAUGUAACGGACGAUGGUGACGUGGUAAAAUCUGCUCCAUGGGGAUUAAGAAGAAUUUUCGGAUUCUUUACAGGAGUAAUUUAUAUGAUUAUCAUGUUCUUUCAGACAUUGAUCAAUCCUGGUAUGAAUAGAUCAGGAAGUCAAUAUUCAAGGGAUUAUCGUCCAGGUUCUGGACCACGUCCUCCAACACGUAGACUUGGUAGACCAAACACAGGAAACAAUGUUGACAUUCCAUUUUUCGGAGGUUGUAGCAGUUGCGCAAGAUAAAAAAAGUUAAAAUAAAAAGUAUUUUGUUAUAUUUACAAG